CCCCCAUCCUUUCCUCACUGCUUCUCUCCCUAAGUUUCCAUUAACCAUUUCCAGUAAAGAAAUCUACUCUCAUGGAACCAACCCAAAGCUCCCCUUCCUCAAAUCUUCACAAUCACCCUUCAAUGUUCUUCUUUUCAAAUAACCCACAUCAAUACCAUGAAAGGGAACCCAUGUUCGAAAAACCCCUAACCCCCAGCGAUGUCGGCAAGCUCAACCGCCUUGUUAUUCCCAAGCAACAUGCCGAGAAGCACUUCCCCUUGGCCUGCCCUGACUCGCUCGACAAAGUCUUGUUGCUGAGUUUCGAGGACGAGUCGGGCAAGUCUUGGCGUUUCCGUUACUCGUAUUGGAAUAGUAGCCAAAGCUACGUGUUGACCAAAGGGUGGAGUAGAUAUGUCAAAGAGAAACAACUCGAUGCUGGUGAUGUUAUUUUAUUCCAACGCCACCGUUUGGAUGCCGAUAGAUUGUUUAUAGGGUGGAGGAGGCGCGGUGCAGCAGUGGAUGACGGCCACCCCGUGAUGGGAAAUAUCAGCGGCGGCGGUGGCGAUGAACGGUGGUGUGCUAGGGGAUUGUAUCAUGGGGCUAACGUGCCAUACCAACAUGAUUGUUUUCAUGCAGGAAGCAUGGCUCAAUAUCAAGCCCCAGGUGGGAACCCAAAGAGGCUGUUGCGGCUGUUUGGGGUGAACCUAGAGUGCCAGCUCGAUUACUCGUCCGAGCCAUCCACGCCCGAUAGCUCGUCCCUGUCGAGUCAGGGUCCAACCGCCCACCACUUUUAAUCUCAAUCAUGGAAAAUGGGUUGUCCAAAGAUAUGAUGGAGCAGAUGAGAUAAAGCUUUGAGGAUGUUGACAUGGCUCCCCCACUUUGAAGGUCAAAAGAAAUAUGCUGUUUUUUGCCAAUGUAAAAAAUGGUAACUUUUGGUUGCAGAAAGCUUUAGAUAUGACGGUGGUGGUGUGGUCAAAGUUAAAAACCUAGUGCUAAUAAUGUGGUGAAAUAAUAAACUCCGAAUGUUGUUAAUCGUUCAAUCGUACAAACAGCUGAAGCUGAUGACCAUUAAGCAGGCCA